GAGAGGUCGUGUCGUUAACCGUUACGGUGUGCCCGAUUCGAGCCGCGACUGGUUCGCAGGCGCAUUGUAAAAGCGGCGGCGGCGGGAGCGGCGCGCAGUGUCAGUGGUGAGAGCUCUACGCGCGCACGCACCACACCAUGCUCCUACUGUUCCUGGCGUUGUGCGCCGCUGCCAACGGCGCGCCCGCCACCUACGACCAGCGCCAGGACGGCGACUUCAACGUACGAGCCGACGUACAAAAUGUCGUCCUCCUAGUUGCACUCCCGCAGAAAAUGCCGAGUAUACCGUCCAGCAUCCUCGACGGAUUCUUCAAGAGCGACAAACCAGAUUCCGACAUCCAAGAAAGAGCCGAUGUGCAAGUGAUGGAAGCGUUCGUGGAGCCGAGCACGCCGUACAAAGUGGAGAUCGGCUCGAGCGACCGCUAUGCCGACGGAGACGGUCGCGCCGUCGAGGUGGUCAUCGCCGGCAGACGACGCCAAAGUCCCGAAAUAGCAGCAGACACUGAUGAGUUGAAACUGUUGGGUGCUACUGAGCAGUGCGGACCGGAUAGCGAGCGGGAUCCCGUGACAUUGACGUGCCGCGGUCGGUCUGCCCCGGAGCCGCAACCGGAAACGGACGCCACCGCUCAACCAGCUCAACCACCCAAAAUCGUGCUCGACAUCGCGUAAUCGACUGAUCUCCAUGUUCGUGUGUUGUUAAUUUAUUCGCAUAUUGUGUCUAUGCCAUUUUAAUUUAUUACUUUUGUAAAUUAUUUAUUAAAUAAGGUUAAACUUUUA